AAGUAAAAAAAACUUCUUAAUAUUUAAAACUAUCUUGAUAGAUUAAAACAAUAGAAAAUGAUCAAAUUGGUUGAUUCAAAUAAAGAUCAGCAAUAGUAAAAUGAUUAAAUGUUUGAGAGAAAAUCCUCUCUUAGUCAUAUUGCUAACUUUUAAUCAGAAAAAAUAAUAGAUAAUCAAAUAUAAUCUCACAUAUUUGGGCACAGAGCCAAAUUAUCCAGUUUAGAUUGCAUAUUAAUUCCAAAUAGUCCAAAAAAAAAGUUCCGCCAAAAGCUUAAAUAGCAAGAUUUUAUCAGCUUUACUUCAACAUACAUGAAGAGGGGGACUUUAGACAGCGAUAUGCUUGAUCUAAAGAAUGAUGAUUAAUUAAAUGAAAAAGACUACAUCAUAUUAGAAAUUUUAAGAAAGAAAAUAGUUGAUGUAAAACAAGAAGAAGACAGCAAUAUGGCUAUUUAUAUAUUGAGGAAGGUUACAAGGAAUCCUUUAGAAAUUCAAUUCUUAAAAAAAGUUAUAGAAAGCAUACCUCUAUUUCAAAAGAAUCCUGACUUAUCGAAGAAUUGUUCCAACUAAAUUUUAAUGAAGAUUAGUCAUUCAUAUUACAAAAAAAACCAAGUCAUAUUUAAUUAUGGUGAUCAUGGGUCAGUAUUCUAUUUAAUUUUAAAAGGAAGUGUAUAUUGCUUAAUACCAAACAAAGACUACAAGACAUUUGAACCAAGUGAGGAAUCAUAAAACAAUGGAUAAAACUAAAAAGAAAAAGUGAACACGUAGUAAUCAGAGAAAUAAUCUUAGCAAACUGAUUAACAGCAAAGAAAUAGAAAAAAAUUGAUUAUUGGAGGACAACCUCAUAAUCUAAAAAGAAUGAAAAGUUAGGAAGGAGAUCUUCAUGAAUUUGAUUUAGAAAGUGGUACAUAUGAACCUCCUAAAUCUCCACUAAAACGAAACAAAUUACUUCUGAAACCAAAUCGAAGCCAAAGCUUUAGUGAUUUAGAAGAAGAAACUGAUGAGAUGAUUAAAAAAAGAUAAAAGGAAGAAAAUAAAAAAUUUAUUUAAUCAAAUUAUCCUGAGUUUGAUAUUAUAAAAGAGUUAAAAUAAGGAGACAGCUUUGGUGAAAUUGCAGUGCUGACUGGAGAGAAAAGAACUGCUACCAUGAUUUGUUCAGAGGAUACACACUUGCUAGCUUUGAGUAAAAAAGGAUUUGAUACAAUUUUAGGAGCCUAUAAACAAUUCAUUAUGUAAGAGACUGUAGAAUUUUUAAGAAAAAUACCUUUCUUGUAAUCAAUACCUUCUUCUUAAUUGCUUAGUUUAUUCCAAUCAGUUAAGGAAGAAAAAUAUGUUAUGGGAAAUCAAAUUUAUACUGAAAAAGAUAAACCUAAUUGCAUUUAUUUUGUCAAAUCUGGAGAAAUUGAAGUUACUAAAGAAAUCUAAGCUGCUGAUGGCUUCAAUGACGAUAAAGAAGUAGACUAUUAAGAAUAUAACAAAAGAAUGUCUUUUAGUGAAGUUGAAAAAGCAAAAAUUUUUGGCUUUUAGAAGAAAAAAAGCAAACAGAGAGUCCGCCUUUAUUUGUUAGGACCUCAUUCUUAUUUUGGUGAGUAAGAAAUAAUGAAAAAACUUCCUCUAAGGGAAACCCAAGCAAGAUGUAAUUCCCAAGAAGCUAUUAUUUAUUCUAUUGAAAAAAAAGAUUUUUUUGUGUUCAUGAAGGUACACAAACACUUCUAAAUGUUCAAAAAAGAGAUACAAAUUAAAAUGGAGUGGGAGGAUGAAAGAGAUAAAAAUUUAGUCAGCAAAUCUUAACAGAACAAACUCAUGCUUCGAAUAACUUAACCUUAGCAUAAUAAGCCUUCUAACUAAGAAGAAAUCAGUAAAAAAACAGAUGUUUUAUAAGGCAAAUAUACUGCUAAGGAUUCUGAUUCUAAUAUUUCUAGUUAAUAAAAUACAGUAACUAGUUUUAGUAUUAAAUCUUAAAGAAAAGUGAAUGAUUUUAAUUCAAUCACUGGGUAACAAAAGAAUGAAUCUCAACCAUCCAAUGAUUAUUUUAGUCAACAAUCUCAUAGAUAUUAUUAACAAUAGUCUUAAACUUCAACAAAUUUUACAGAUUAGAUAAAGAACGAUUUAUAGCAUACUAACUAAAAUGAUAUUUUUCAGUUAAAAAGCGCGAGGAAUAAAUUACCAGUCCUUUAAUCUAAUUUUAUUGAUAGUAAAAGUACCUAUAAAAAUUAAAGAUCAAGUUCUUUAAAUCAGCUUAUUUAAAGACAAAAUAAACCAAUAAUUGAUGCUUUAGUGAGUCUCAAAAACAAGGGAUGCGAUAUAACAUAACUCUCUAAACUUUCUAUAGAAGAGCUUAAAAAUAUAAGCAGGCUUGUCCAUAAAAGUAAUAUCUAAAUUGGUUAGACCAAUAAGAGAAAAAGUUUGAUUUUAAAAGAAUGUCAAGAUGAUAUAAAUGAAUCUGAACUUGCCAGCAAAUUUAAAUCAGUUGAAAGUUAACAAUAAUAACAAAGACACUAAAUUUAAGUAAGCUAGAAUAAUAAUUAAUCAUCUUCUUUGUAUCCUAACACCUAAGUAAACUAAGAUGAUCUUCUUUUGUCUAAGCAAUAAAAUAUUUAGACUUAAAAUCCUAAUUAGGUUAACAAAUCAAAAAUGUGUGCCUCAUUAAGACAAAUCGAUAUAAAUGAAACAACAUAAACAUCGUCAAAAAAAAUAUCAAUGCUCUUGAGAAAAAGUUUUGAUUAUUCAAAUUCUGGUUACAACUCAGUAAUUUCAGCAAUUCAAUCAUAAAGAGGUAAUUAUUCUCCGAACAAUCACAGUGAUAAGAUUUAGCAAAAGGAAACUCCUCAAAAAUAGAAAGAAUAAUUAUUUAACUCUCCUUAAAAUGAUUAUCAUUAGAAAUAACAAAUCGGAGUUUAAACAUUAUAAAACGAAUUUGGAAAUUACUCCAUUUUUAAUGGAAAUAAAGCAAGAUCCAAAACUGACUAAUUUACAGCUCUUUAAAGGCCAAAAAAUGUUAAUUAACCAUGCAAAGGUUCUACUUUACACAUUGAAAAGUAAGUUGCUCCUCAUUAUAAAUUUGAAGAAGAGCUAAUGUUUAAAAACAAUAAAAAAAUCAAUAAAAAUAAAGAAUAUUUUGAUAAAGACAAUACAACUGAUAACAGUACUACAAUAUAUCUUUUAGGCAAAAAAAGUGAGUCUAAAUUGGGUAUCACUGCUAUCCAAAAGCUUUCAUAAGUUGAAAAUCAUACCCAUUAUAAGGGCUCUGAUAAUUAAGAUAUCUAAUUAUAAUUUAAAAGUCCUAGAAAUUCUUUUAAUACUGAAAAAAUAAAAAGUUUAAAUAAAGAAUAAAUGAAUAAUUGA